GCUAGCGGCUAUUCUGCUAGCUGUGUUACUACAUGUAGCUGCUGGGAUAAUCUGGGAGCCAAGGCCAAGCAACUGAGCCGAGCAAGGGAUUUCUAAAUCUAAUCUUACUCUUUGUAAGCAGGAUCAGGACUGACGUCGUUAGAUGCAGUUUCAUGAAGCCCGAUUGUAAUUUACCAAAUGAUGGAAUAAGACUAAGAGCUAGCUGUGGAUUUCGGCGCACUGGAUUUCUCCGGGGGAUUUCUUCAGGAAAUUGAGAGCUGCAGAUUUCCACUUGGACAUCUGACAGGCAUCCCACCAUGGCUGAUGAUGGCAAUACUGGGGAGGGGGCUCAGUUAGUAGGAGACCCUAGAACGGCACCAGGCCAAGGAGAUAAAGCGAGCAAGAAAGACGUUGACUGGGGCAGGUUUGGGCUGAGCGAUGAAAGCCAUGCCAAGUCCUACACAGAAAGCACAUUGACAGGAUAUGGUGGAGAUGGUGGUUACCAGCAGGGGGAGGGUGGACAAAAGAUUCAAGAGCUCUUUGAUGAACAGCAGGCUGGGCAGAGCAGUCAUAGCCAAACACCAUGGUGGAAGGCAAACUUCUUCGUGAGGGAACCUGUCCUCUUUGGAACAUGGGAUGGCGUCUUCACAUCCUGUAUGAUCAACAUCUUUGGUGUGGUUAUCUUCCUUCGGACAGGCUGGAUGGUGGGUAACGCUGGAGUAGGACUGUCGAUUCUAAUCAUCCUCAUGACUGUGGCAGUAGCUCUUGUCUCGUCGUUGGCAGCCAUCGGGGUCUGUGAGAGAUGUAAGAUGGAGAGCGGGGGCAUCUAUUUUCUCUUGUCCCACGUCCUGGGGGCUAGGAUGGGGGCAACGCUUGGAAUCCUUUAUUCCUUUGGGCAGACUGUAGCCUGCUCACUAUACUGUACAGGUUUUGGGGAGUCUGUUGCCAAGACCUUUGGCUGGGACAACGCCUGGGCCGUCAGGGGUGUUGGGAUAGCGGUCAUCUUGCUUCUACUGGCCAUUAAUAUUGCAGGGGUCAAAUGGGUCAUCAAGAUGCAGCUCCUCCUUCUGGCCGUCUUGGGCGUUGCUACUCUGGACUUCCUAGUUGGGACAGUAGCCCAUACUGACAAAGCAAAUGGUUUUGUAGGCUACAACCGCGCCGCCUUCCAUAACAACACUGGCGCUGACUACCUACCAGGUGAAAAUUUCUUCACGGUGUUUGGUGUAUUCUUCCCAACUGCCACUGGAGUGAUGGCAGGCAUCAAUAUGAGCGGAGAUUUACGUGAACCGCACAAGAGUAUCCCCAAGGGAACCCUAUCAGCUCUUGGUGUGACAGCCGUCCUGUAUCUUCUCUUCGCCAUGCUUCUAGGGGCAACAUGUAUGAGGGAUUUCCUGCAGACAGAUUACAUGAUAGCAGAGACAGUGUCACUAGUGGGAUUCCUAUGGCUUCUUGGGCUGUACAUCUCGUCUUUGUCAUCAUGUUUAGGAGGGCUUUAUGGAGCACCCAGAAUACUCCAGUGUAUAGCUAACGAGAACGUAAUACCCAUCAUUAAAUUCCUGGGCCAUGGGAAAGGGCCAAAUAAAGAGCCUAUCAUAGCCCAGCUCCUUGUGUGUUUCAUAGCUAUCCUCUUCAUCUUCAUCGGUCAAGUCAACUAUCUAGGUCCUAUUGUAACCAUGCCUUUCCUCCUCUCCUAUGCCGGUAUCGACUACGCCUACUUCUCCCUGGCCAUGAGCUUCGACCGCGUCGGCGGCGAGCCCGGGAAGGAGAAGGACAGCCUCCUCUCCCACGUCAUCGACAAGAAUCGACAGGAUGGCACCUCGUACGGCGCCCUCGUCAACGAACCCGAUGACGAUUCGAACCGUAGGGACUCGCUCUCAGAGUUCAAGCAAGACAUCGAGAAGGCAGAAAAGGCAUUUGGAGUUUCGAAUGAAAGAAAAGAGGACGGUCAAGAGAAGAAUUCAGUUGAGAAUGGAGGAAAUCAGUAUGGAGGUGUGGUUGGGAUCAGUGAUAAGGAGUCCCUUAUUGAUUCACAAAAUAGAGGGGAUUCCAAAGGUCCAUUCAGUACAGAGAUAACUCGCAUGCCCCCAUCAUGGUAUUCAAGAUUCUGUAACAGAUGGGUCUCCCUUAUAGGUGCUUUAAUAUCUGUUGCAAUCAUGUUUGCCAUCCAAUGGGGCUAUGCUCUUGCCAACGUGUGCGUAUACUUAAUCGUCUACAUCUAUAUUGGGCAGGCUAACCCGGGAGUAAAACCAGGGGUGGCCGACUUCCAGUUUUUCAGGUGGAUAAAAUCCCUGUUCCAGAGGCUUCUCAGACGGUCGUCACCCACCACUGAGCACAUGGUCAUCCCGUCACAGAAUUUCGCUCCCAAGAUGACCACGGAACAACUGACGGAGGAUAAUGAAGACUUUGCCUCUAGAGGGCGCUAUCACCAGUCCAUGAUGAACCAGACGAACUUGGAGGAUUACGAGUAUGUCAAUAAAUAAGCACGAGGGGCUCUGAAGGGAGAAUUAUCAAUGCGGACGACAUACAGAGAAAUGUUAUAUAUGUAGCACAGGAGUGAUGAUGCAUUUGUGUAGCUCUUUAUUUCCCGUUGUACAUGCCAACCAUUCUAAGAAAUGGUGUAUUAUGGUAGAACAUGACCUUUGACCUGGUGAACAAGGAUAUAAUAGAGAUCGGUAUUCCUUAUUUAAAACAAGACUUGAACCCUGUGACAAAGGUUCCCACAAUGCAAAUUCACUCUGUAUUUUAGCUGACACCAAAUGUUAAACUUGUCAUAGACAGUGAUAAUAUAAUGUAUUUUUAGCAAAGAAAUGUAUUCUUUUUCUUGUGUGAAUGUAUUGUUGUUGACAUAUUGUACUCUUGCCAUGUACUAUUGUAAUCAUUAAUUUAUUUAUUUCGAGAACAAGUACUGGGUAGGUACUUUAUGUUAGUUUAGAUUGUUUUAAUGUGUUUCAAAAAAUUAUUGUAUUCAGAGAUGGUCACAUAGGGCAGUUUCAAAAGGAAAACAUUAUCAGUGAUAGUUUAUUUUUUAUUAAAGAAUAAACAUGAUAUCAAUAAGAUCUUGAUAAGAUAUUUCAGAGAUCAGCUUAGCUGAGAACUGUUUAAGAACAAGACUGUGUAAUAUAUGCCAUUUAUUUUGCAUACAACAAUUAUACCUUUAUAUUUUGUGUGUUAUACCUGAAUAAUCAAAUCAAUCAAGAAUCAGUGAUAUGCAUAAGAAAUUCAGAACAUGAAAAUGUAUGGGGAUACUAGGAAGUGAAGCAGUUGUUGUACUAUAGCCAACGCUUGAAAUAUAAAGAAUUGGAAACACAUUGUUGCUCAAGUCCUUUACGCUUGUAUAUUUUAUUUCAUUCACUAUGAUAUAUAUGAAUGGUAGUUUGCUGUGUUUAUUUGUUUCGGUUUUUUAGCCAGCUGUGACAUUUAAUUCAACCCUUAAAGUCCAAAUAAUCCCAAGAUUAAAAUUGUCAGA